AAUGUCAUAUCAAAUUGCUUUUCUGUUUUGAUUUUAUUUUAUUUUAUAAAAAAAACCUAUAUACUAUUUUUAGUGUAUCAGCAUUCGUAGCAUUUACAGAAGUUUGUCAGUUUUAGCCUUGUUAAUGGAUAAUGCACAAUACACAUUUUCUGUUUUCAAAUAUGAUUGAGUGAAUUUGGAUUAAUGGGAUAAAAAUCUAAACCCAAAAAGAAAAAAAUCUGUCAACUACUAGCAUUCAUGUUCUAAAACCCACAUGAUUUCCAUACAACUACAGAACACAAAUGAGGAUAUAUUUAAUUUUAUCUGAUAAUUUUUGUCCGUCCAUUGAAAGUCCAUGCAACCAAAACGUUUACACAUCAAAAUGUACGUAAAAGUAAUCUGUAUACAUUUAAGUGAUUAAUCCAAGUCCUCUGAAUUCAUUUUGGGGGGAACUAUUCUUUACAUUUUGUUUGUACAUGCUAGUACUGUAAAAAAGUCUUAAAGGGAUGGUUCAUCCAAAAAUCAACUAAAAUAACUAGCUUCCAGGAAGGCGGCCUAUGCAAGUCGAUUUACGCCAAAAGAGUAACACUUGACAAUGUAUGAUGUAGGAGUAGCAUAAGCUUUGGUGCCUUUCAUGGUUGAAACAAACAGGGAUGGGGAACAAACUCAUGCUCCUCUGACAUUUCUCUUUAAAAAAUGUCUCUUUAAAAAAAAAAAAAGGAUUUGCUCUAUCCUCUGUGCUUCCGCGUUCAUCAUUAUGUUGUGCGUCAGGUCAAGUGUUACUCUUGCGUACGACCGUCUGCUGGAAGCUAGUUAUUUUAGUCCAAGUUUUAAAUAUGGAAUUUUUUUUCUUACACAAAUGUAAAUAGCAGUGGCUUUACUUCAGAAGGUCUUUAUUAACCCACCCGAGCCAUGUGGAGCAUUUUUAUCAUGGAUGGAUGCGCUUUGAUGGACUUUGAUGGAGAAAAAUAUAAAGCCAUUCACUGCCGCUAGAGAGCUUGGAAGAGCCAGGACAUUUUAUAUAUAGCUCCAAUUGUAUUCGUCUGAUUCAUUUUUGGGCGAACUAUCCCUUGACCAUUAGUCCCCACACACCAUCAUAGAAUCUGGGAUUACAUGAAUGGACAGCAUAAAUUCAUAGAAGGACUAUGAAGAACUAUGAGAACUCCAAAAUGCUUGAAAUACCUUAAAUGCAGUACUGUGAAAAGUUUUAGGCAUUUACUCUUUAUUUUUUCCUGUUCUUCACGGUGGUCAUGGUUUAACAAUGAUAGUCACCCGCAGGGCAAGUGGUGUCACAGUUUAAGACAUACAGCCUUAACUCAGGAUGCAUCCGGACCUGUCACCCCAUCUGCAUUCUGACGAGUGCAAUCAGUUUAUAACACUUCUCAAACAGUGCCACAAAGAGCAUAACGUCCUCAGGUUCUUUGGGACAUGUAAUGAUAUGGACCGUGCAAUGCGUGAUUGUCUCAAGAAAGAGUAUAUCACAAAGAGGGAACGCAGCAAGGCCCAUGCUGAAGAAAUGAGACGCCGUUUAAAUGAACAACCAAAAGAGCUUCCCUAAUAUUAAGAUGGAUUCCUUGGAGUACAGACCUAUGGCGACUGGAAAUGGCUUCUGGUGCUUUAAAUCUGGAAGACAUUUCUCUGAGGAUAUGUAGAUUAAAUUAAAUAAAUGUAUUUAUUAUACACCUUGCAGUAAAUGAGGCAACAGAGCGAUUUAAUGAUGUUUAAUUACAGGUGGCUAGUUUGACUUGUGAAUUUACAGCUCCUACUUAAAAUUUGAGCUGUAUGUUCCAAAAAUGUGGCCUACUACUUAUCUAGAAAGUGGUUCUGAAAUGAUGUCAAAAUUGUGAUUUAAAUUCCAAUUAAAAAGUUUUUUUUUUUUUAAACAA